AAAGGACGACUAGUCUACGCAUGAGGAGAUGCUGUCAUCAGAGGUGGAAUUAUACAAUGACGCAACUAUGUUUAAAACAUCUUCUGACAUUUAGUACAUGUAGGUUUAAGGAAUCCAUAUGUAUUAAAACGAACUGCAUUCGAAAAUGCUGACAGAAUAGAGGGGUGAGAAGAGACUAAAAAACGUCAAGAUAUUCAAGUAAUGUCAGUCCUUGUUUUUAUCCUUUUUAAAGGGUGGUCUACUACCAUCAGACAGUCUAAUCUCUGGAUACCCAGUUGAUUUGGAAUGUUUCAUCUCAGAAACCGAAGGAAGUUACUAAAACUGGUUCAAGAUGACAGUGAAACAAGCUUCAGUCUGCAUACUAUCGCUUUACAUUCACUCCAACAAUCCAACAUUCUAUGGGGAGUUUAACAACAGCACCCGGUUUGUAGCAAGGAAGAGUGGAGCUAGUUUUGUGCUGACUAUUGAAGAUGCCAGACCAUCAGAUAUGGGGAUGUAUUACUGUGCCACACGAGAUUAUGAUGCCAUGAUCUUUGGAAAGGGUGCAGAUUCCAGGAACCAGCAUCUUAUUCAUCAGCCUGUAUCUGAGUCGGUCCAGACAGGAGACUCUGUGACUCUGAACUGUACAAUACACACUGAGACCUGUGUAGGAGAACACAGUGUCUAUUGGUUCAGACAUGGCUCAGGAGAAUCCCAUCCAGAAUAAUUUACACCCAUGAAAAUAGGAGUGAUCAACGUGUCUACAACCUCCCCAAGAUCAGCCUCAGCCUCCUUGUGCUGGGACAUACCACUGUGCUGUGGCCUCGUGGGGAGAUACUGGGAACGGGACCAAGCUGGACGUUGAAGACCAAGUGAAACUGAAAGACAGCAUCCUUUCAAUUGCAUAAGCCAUCAUAACACCCAUCAUGGAGGAGUCUCGCACCAUGGAAACAGAGGAGCUGAUGACAUGUCUCCAGAUCCAGCUCUACCACCCCCAGCAGGCCUCUAAGGCUCUGUAUCGCCUGCUGCCCCUGGACGCCAGGCACAAGCACCCAGCCGAGGACCCCCUGAGGCUGGGCCGGGACGCCCACGGCUGCACCUUCGCCCUGGCCGACCCACGGGUCUCCCGCAAGCAGCUGGCCUUGCAGGCCUACCUCACCUCCAACAGUCCCGACAUGCUGUUCUCUGUGCAGAACCUGAGCCAGAAGGGACGCAUGACGGUCAACGGUUCUGAGUUGGGGUACCUGGAGAGGGCAGAGCUGCCGAAUAAGGCCCUGGUCCGGUUCGGGGAGUACGAGGUGCUGAUACGUCGUGAGAAUGGAGAGGCGAAGGGGAGCUUCGAGGUGGAGUUUGGGGUGCUGGCAGUGCCCCCUUCCAGAGAGGUGGGCGUGCCAAUUAUGGUUCCCGUCAUGGAUACAGGCUCAGACCAUUCAACCAAUGGCAUCCCACCACUCAUGAGCCAUGGGCCAAUAGAGAUGGAUGAGACAAUAAUGUACCAAUCAUGCAGCAUGUUUCUCUCAUAGACAAUACUUUUCUCUUUACCUAGUAGCAGUUUUCUUGAAAAAAUAUUGAUGUUAAACAUUCUGUAAUCUCUCGUAGACAGGAAGUGACAAACUUUCGCAAUAAUUUUACUUCUGGGUAACCGAGAUUAAACAUUCUGUAAACUUAAUCAUAGUGUUGACUGUAUGUAGCGCUAAGGCAUUGGGACCUCAAGUGUAGUUUUUCAUAUCACUCCACAAGUGUUAUUAAGACUGUUACGUUAUAUAAAAUGUGAAACUAAAGCUUCUGAAUAUUGCCCUUUUUCAUGUAGUUCAAGUAUCAGUGUUCAAUGAAAGAUGGGGAAGGAUCAUACUGUUUUGUAAAUGUUGACUAAAAUAAUAAAACUGUUUUAAUUGUA